UUUUACACCUUCCUGGUUCCUUGCCCAGCCACCCUAUUUCUCCAAAAGCCAGAUCUUGCAAGAAUCGCCAUGGAUUCGCUCAGUGCAACAAACAUUCAGUUUGGGUUUGAUCUUUUCAAAGAGCUGGAUAAAAUAAAAGAUGGCAACAUCUUCUUUUCCCCUGCGGGCAUCACAGCUGCCAUCGGCAUGCUCCUCCUGGGAAGCAGAGGAGCCACGGCGGCCCAGUUUCGGAAGGUGCUUUGCUUUGGAAAAAACACAGGAAGCUCAAGGAUCAAGGAUGAAGAGAAAGAGACUGAGGGGACAGAAGAGAUACACCACCAAUUCCAAGAGUUUCUGAGUGAGAUAAACAGACCAACUAGUGAUUAUGAGCUGAAAAUAGCCAACAGACUAUUUGGAGAAAAGACAUACCUCUUCCUUCAAAAAUACUUAGAUUACGUUAAAAAAUAUUAUCAUGCUGCUCUGGAACCUGUUGAUUUUGUAAACGAAGCAGAUGAAAGUCGAGAGAAGAUUAAUUCCUGGGUUGAAAGCCAAGUGGAUGGAAAAAUCAAGGACUUGCUUCCAGAUGGUUCCCUAAGCAGUUCCACCAAGCUGGUGCUGGUGAACAUAGUUUAUUUCAAAGGGCAGUGGGACAGGGAGUUUAAGAAAGAAAACACCAAGGAGGAAAAAUUUUGGCUGAAUAAGAGCACAAGUAAGCCUGUGCUGAUGAUGACUCAACGCCAUUCCUUCAGCUUCACUUCCCCGGAGGACUUGCAAGCCCACAUCCUGGGGAUUCCAUAUAAAAACCAUGACCUAAGCAUGUUCGUGUUGCUGCCCAAUGAAAUAGAUGGUCUGGAGAAGAUUGUAGAUAAAGUAACUCCCGAGAAAUUAGCAGAGUGGACUAGCCCAGGGCAUAUGGAAGAAAGGAAUGUCAACCUGCACUUGCCCCGGUUUGAAGUAGAGGAUGGUUACGACCUAGAGCCAAUCCUGGCAGCCAUGGGGGUGGAGGAUGCCUUCAGCGAGCAGAAAGCUGACUUCUCUGGCAUGUCCUCUGGUUCUGGGUUGAGUGUCCAGAAGUUUCUGCACAGGGCUUUUGUGAUGGUAACGGAGGAAGGGACUGAGGCUGCAGCUGCCACCGGUGUGGGCCUUACGGCCCAAUCACUACCAAGUUAUGAAAAUUUUCACUGCAAUCAUCCCUUCUUGUUCUUCAUCAAGCACAAUAAGUCCAAUAUCAUCCUCUUCUUUGGUAGAUUUUCUUCUCCUUAGGACAGUCAUUGCCUUGGCAGAAAACCAGUUCUGGAAUAUUAAUAGGACUAUAGAAAUGACCCAUUCCUUUAAAAUUUCUUUUACUUGCUCACAUUUCAAUCUUACCAUUAAAAUCAGUGAUUUAAUGACUGCAUUAGGGUGUAUGUGUUCAUAAUUUUCCUAAAAGAGAAAUGUCCGUUUGUUUGUGCCAUGUAUAAAGUGAGUUCAGCUGAGGCUCAUUAAUAAUCUCCAGUUGAUUUCUUCUGAAAGUAAAUCAAUGUUUUGUUGUAGUUUUGUGCAUGAAUGGAGAGAAACAGUCUCUUCAGUAAAGACAAUGGACUUGUGAUUUUGGGAAUUCCCAGUUCUAAUAUUUUGGCAUAUUAUAAUACAUUGGUAAAAUAAAGAGUAAUUUACUCAA